CCUGGCCCGCUUUGCGCAGGGGCCGCGCGAGGGGUGGGAAGGGUUGACCCGGGGACUGCGCGCUGGGCCCGGGAGGGGUCCGCCUCCGCACCGGCCCAAGUUGAAUUUCCGCGGACCUCCAUCCGCGCCGCGCCCUGCGCGCCAAGGGACCGGAGGACGCCCGCCUGGGGGCGGGGGCCACGCUGCGGGGCCGCCCACGCCGCGCGCCAGCCGGUGGGCAUCCUGGUCAUGGAGGACUGCAACGUGCACUCCGCUGCCAGCAUCCUGGCCUCAGUGAAGGAGCAGGAGGCACGCUUCGAGCGACUGACACGGGCACUGGAGCAGGAGCGGCGCCAUGUGGCCUUGCAACUGGAGCGCGCCCAGCAGCCUGGUGUGGGCAGUGGGCAGCCCCUGCCGAUGGCCUGGCAACAGCUGGUCCUGCAGGAGCAGAGCCCAGGAAGCCAGGCCUCGCUGGCCACAAUGCCAGAGGCCCCCGAGGUACUGGAGGAGACAGUGACGGUGGAGGAGGACCCUGGCACGCCCACCUCCCAUGUGUCCAUCGUCACGUCAGAAGAUGGCACCACCCGGCGCACUGAGACCAAGGUCACCAAGACUGUGAAGACAGUGACCACCCGAACAGUGCGCCAGGUGCCCGUAGGCCCAGACGGCCUACCCCUGUUGGAUGGCGGCCCACCGCUAGGCCCCUUCACUGACUGCCCCCUGGACCGGCACUUCUUGCUGCGAGGGGGCGGCCCGGCAGCCACACUCCCCCGAGCCUACCUCAGCAGUGGGGGCAGCUUUCCCGAUGGCACUGAGCCCCGUGACGUCCCCAGCUACGGCAGCCUGUCCCGCGGGUUGGGCACACGGCCCCCACGUGGUGGCCCAGGCUCCGGCGACGGCUGCUUCACGCUGCCUGGCUGGCGAGAAGCCUUCCCCUCUGUCCCUGAGCCUGUGACGCUAGCUGGCCGCUCCCAGCCUGAGCGCUUCCAGGCAGAGCCGUAUGGCUUGGAGGAUGACACCCGCAGCCUGGCCGCUGAUGACGACGGUGGCCCGGAGCUGGAACCUGAAUACGGCACUGCCAAGCGGAGGAGGCCUGACUGUGGGCGGGGCCUUCGUGCCAGGGCCUAUGAGGAUGCAGCAGACGAUGGCGGGGAGCUGAUGGAGGAGCGGCCCCCCUUCCCGGCUACGGCAGCCCCUCUGGCCCAGCCGGAACGGGGCAGCCUGGGCAGCCUGGACCGGGUGGUACGGCGCUCACCCUCAGUGGACAGCACCCGCAAGGAGCCGCGCUGGCGGGACCCCGAGCUGCCGGAGGUUCUGGCCAUGCUGCGGCACCCUGUGGACCCCGUGAAGGCCAACGCGGCUGCCUACCUGCAGCAUCUCUGCUUCGAGAACGAGGGCAUCAAGCGUCGCGUGCGGCAGCUGCGGGGGCUGCCUCUGCUCGUGGCUCUGCUGGACCACCCAAGGGCAGAGGUGCGGCGCCGGGCCUGCGGGGCCCUGCGGAACCUGUCCUAUGGCCGAGACGCUGACAACAAGGCUGCCAUCCGGGACUGCGGCGGGGUGCCCGCCCUGGUGCGCCUGCUGCGUGCCGCCCGGGACAGCGAGGUCCGAGAGCUUGUCACAGGCACCCUCUGGAACCUGUCAUCCUACGAGCCCCUGAAGGUGGUCAUCAUUGACCAUGGCCUGCAGACGCUGACCCACGAGGUCAUUGUGCCCCACUCGGGCUGGGAGCGCGAGCCCAAUGAGGACUCUAAGCCACGGGAUGCCGAGUGGACAACAGUCUUCAAGAAUACGUCUGGCUGCUUGAGGAACGUGAGCUCUGAUGGUGCAGAGGCCCGGCGGAGGCUCCGGGAGUGUGAAGGGCUGGUGGAUGCACUGCUGCACGCCCUGCAGUCAGCUGUGGGCAGGAAGGACACGGAUAACAAGUCGGUGGAGAACUGCGUGUGCAUCAUGCGGAACCUGUCCUACCAUGUGCACAAGGAGGUGCCUGGGGCCGACAGGUACCAGGACGCCGAGCCUGGGCCCCCUGGCAGUGCUCUUGGCUCCCAGCGCCGGAGGCGGGAUGACGCCGGCUGUUUCGGUGGCAAGAAGGCCAAAGAGGAGUGGUUCCAUCAAGGGAAGAAGGACAGUGAGAUGGACCGGAACUUUGACACGCUAGACCUGCCCAAACGUGCCGAGGCUGCCAAAGGCUUUGAGCUGCUGUACCAGCCGGAGGUGGUCCGUCUGUACCUUUCCCUCCUGACCGAGAGCCGGAACUUCAACACCCUGGAGGCGGCUGCCGGGGCCUUACAGAACCUCAGCGCUGGCACCUGGGUGUGGGCCACGUACAUCCGCGCCACGGUGCGCAAGGAGCGGGGGCUGCCGGUGCUGGUGGAGUUGCUGCGGUCCGAGACCGACAAGGUGGUGCGCGCCGUCGCCAUCGCCCUGCGCAACCUCUCGCUGGACCGUCGCAAUAAGGACCUCAUCGGGAGCUAUGCCAUGGCGGAGCUGGUGCGGAAUGUGCGCAGUGCACAGGCACCGGCGCGACCCGAGAUCCGCCUGGAGGAGGACACGGUGGUGGCCGUGCUCAACACCAUCCACGAGAUCGUGUCCGACAGCCUGGACAACGCGCGCUCGCUUCUGCAGGCUCGCGGCGUUCCUGCGCUCGUGGCGCUCAGCGCCUCCAGCCAAUCGGUGCGCGAGGCGAAGGCCGCGUCCCACGUGCUGCAGACCGUGUGGAGUUACAGGGAGCUGCGCGGGGCCCUGCAAAAGGAAGGCUGGACCAAGGCGCGCUUCCAGUCGGCUGCUACUAUUGCCAAGGGGCCCAAGGGAGCACCGAGUCCCAGAGGCUUUGACGACAGCACCUUGCCACUGGUGGACAAAAGCCUUGAACAGUGCAAAGGCGUAACAAAGGAUAUCCGGGGUCGCGGAGGCCAGCCCUACCCUGGCUUGUCUGCCCCUCUGCUGCUCGAAGCCAGCCACCCGCUCAUGCCUUGCAGAUGGGGAGAACCCAGGCAGCCAGGAUGUGAUCCCCAUGGAGGCACUUGGCGCAGACGGAUACUCCACGGUGGGCCGGAGGGAGCGGAGGACGCAAGGCAGCGACCCUGCAGGGGAGGCCUCGGAGAAGGAACCACUGAAAAACAGGGACUUCCAGCAAUCUCGGCUAAAAUGACCCAGAACAGAGAAGCCCAGGAGGCCACUAUGGCUCAGGCCCUUUCUGGGCAGAAAACGCAUGUGGUGAGCCCGGAGCAGGGGCUCCAGACCUCCAAAUCAGGCUUCAGGGCUUGGGAAUGGACUCCAAGAGGCACCGCUGGCCACAGAUAGGACACUGGAAUGACAGACGUCAGACACUAAAAACUGACAAGUUAACUGUGAAAGGAGGAAAUGCACUUCGUGUGCCUUGGGAGGGUGCUGGUGCCAGGCCUGCCCAUGGAGGAGGCUGGGCCCUAUCGGCCUCUCCUGACACUGCGGGCCUCAGAUGGGGCACAGACUCCCUGGGGAAUUCCUGCCGGCAGCAUGCUGCCUGGGGGAGGAAGCAGCACUCAGAAGACCAGGCAGCCUGUGCCUGAGGCGGUUUAAAGCCACAUCCACGGCUGCUUGCCUCCCCCUCCAUGAAGUAGGGCUUCGGACCGGUCCCUGGGUUGGGCUGGGCUUACUGACCACUCCCGACAAAGCGGAGGCACAGACAACAGUAGGUGGCGCCAGGUCCCUGCUCCCCUGUGGCCCUGGGGAAAGCAGCUGCGGUGCUCAGGACACUCAGGGGCCCUGUGGGAGAGGCCGCGUGACGAGGGCGUGAGGCCUCCUCGGAGCAGCCUUCAUGCUUUGAAUUACCGUGUGCUCCUGCC